AAAUAAAGCUCACGAUUGAGGAUAAAUUUCAGUUCUUGCACCGUUCCUGGAUUAGUUUAGUUAAUAUUUUGGUCUGCCAAAUGAGGCGUGAAUUUUCGACAAGAUUUUAGAUUUUAUUUCAAAAUGUUACAGAAAUAGAUAAAAUGCGUGGAGGGAAACAAACAUAAGACAAGCCCUAUAAAAUGAGAGUUAAGUAUCAAGCUGGAUGUUAGAAGAGUAGGUGAAUUAGAUUUAAGAUGAAUAUUGUUAAUAUAUUACUGUUCAUAGUAUUGAACUUUUACUGCAUUGGAUGCAAUCCUUAUUAUUGGAAUUUGAUGGACAAACGAGAUUCACCACCACCAAAGAAAUAUUGUGGCAAAAAACUUACGAACAUGAUUGCCUUAGUUUGCCAAAAUCAAUAUUAUGCUAGAGAAAUGAGACGACCACAUAACAUUGAUAUACCUAACUACGACAAUGAAUAUCCCAACGGCAUAGAUGUAGAUGACAAAUACGACACCGAAACCUAUUACCCAUUUCUACAGAAAUCAUCCGGCUUGUCACUUCUACCUAAUAAAGUUCGGCGGACAACGGGUAUAGUAAACGAGUGUUGCGAUAAACCAUGUCUCAUCGCAGAGAUCCAGUCCUACUGCGCAUAGAAUAUGAGCGUCACAGAUC